AUGGCGAACGCAACGUAUUCGGACCUACCUGCUCUUCCUGCCUAUACCUUGAAGCCCCGUCCUCCUAUGAUUCCAGGCAUAUCGGAUCCCCUCCUCCAGCUUCUCGCCCCUGUCAUUGCCUAUUGGGUCGUCUCAAUCUUCUUCCAUGUCUUGGAUACCUAUGAUCUGUGUUCACAAUACAGGCUGCAUACUCCUGCCGAAGUCCUCAAACGCAAUCACGUCACGAGAUUCGAAGUUCUGAGAGAUGUCAUUAUACAACAAAUGGUCCAGACAGCGUUUGGAUUGAUUAUCGCAUCUUUCGACCCUGUUGAGACAAUCGGCCAAGAGGAGUAUGAUGUUGCCAUCUGGGCCCGACGUCUGCGCCUCGCAGAAAGGUACAUUCCAACACUUUUCGGCUUCAUCGGCUGCGACGCUGUGUCUCUGAGCCGAAAGCUGCAACACAGCUAUCCUCAACUUGCGGGCGCUUUGACCGGAGGAUUUUAUUCGACUCCGUCUUUUGCACCUUGGGAAAUGACAGUCGCGCAGUCGAUCUAUUGGAUUGGCAUUCCUUUGGUGCAAUUUACCAUUGCUACCCUCAUAGUAGACACGUGGCAGUACUUCCUUCACCGGGCCAUGCACGUGAACAAAUUUCUUUACACCACCUUCCAUUCUCGUCACCACCGCUUGUAUGUUCCCUAUGCGUAUGGGGCACUCUACAAUCAUCCUUUGGAAGGCUUCAUGCUUGACACGCUUGGCACUGGCAUAGCCUAUUUGACCACUAGAAUGACCAUCCAACAAGGCAUGUGGUUUUUCACCAUCUCGUCAAUUAAGACAGUCGAUGACCAUUGCGGGUAUGCCUUUCCAUGGGAUCCCUUACAGCACAUUACCUCGAAUAAUGCGGCUUAUCACGACGUGCAUCAUCAGAGUUGGGGCAUUAAGACCAAUUUUUCGCAGCCAUUCUUCACGUUCUGGGAUCGCGUCCUUGACACCGCAUGGACCGGUGGAGAUGUGUCAGCCCGCUACGAACGCGACAGGAUUGCUGCCCAAAAAAAAGUGGACGCAGAUGCCGCUGCAACCAAAGCUUCAAACGUCAACUCGCCGAAUCUUGAUGUGGACCACGCAGAACACCAAGCCCGCUCAAGUCAAAGGCGGGUCCUUGACAACAAAGAGAAUGGUGGGCCUCGAGUGCUUGAGGAAGAGACAAAGGAAGAGCAAGAAAUCAAACAAGCUUUGCGGCGAAGCAGCAGACGCAAGAGUGGCUUCGACGCUAAAUCAAUAUCGGAUCGUGUCGCAGGAAUCCACAGCAGGAGUCCGGCGAUCCUACAUGCAGACGGGAUGCAUUGA